AUGGACUUCACUCGUAUGCUGCCUGAUGAGACCCUAUCACACGUCUUCGCCUGGGCUCAGGUUAUUGAUCCACAUGCAUCUGCGAUGGAUCACACACUCGGCCGGCGUGCCCCCAAGUUCCGUUUUAAAUUGGGCUGGAUACACGUGUCCUUCGUGGACAGGCGCUGGAGAUGCGUGGCAAUCGAUGAAGCUACACUUUGGACAGAGAUAGACGGUCGGCUCGGGCUUCGUUGGACCACUGAAUUCCUGAAUCGUAGCAAGGAUACCUUGUUGUCCUUUGCCGAUCGUCAACCAUCGGGACUUCGAAAGCGCAUCCUACGCGACGCUCUGACUAUGCACCGUGACCGCGUUGUAUCCCUUCGUAUGGGCGCAACUAUCGACGAAGAAGAUAGCCUUUCGAUCUUCGACGAGCUCGCAUUUUCUUUCGCAAAGCUUCAAGAGCUUGACGUGGUCCACUCGUUCUAUGGACUCGUGUCCGAGGAGCAAUGCCGUCCUAUCGACCCAUUUCUGAAGAACUGCUGUCCUCAGUUAUACCAUCUCUCCUUGAGCCUCCCUCACUCCUCGUUUUCGUAUCUUACAUGGGACUACCCAUUUCUCACGCACCUGACCUCUCUGAGUAUUCAUUUCGGACGCGUGGGCGCUCGUUUCCAAGCGCCUCCUUUCCCCGACUCUAUCUUCUUGAAGGCAAUGCGUCAGAUGACCAGCCUCUCACAGCUGACGCUUCGGGGAAAUAAUGUAACCGAUCCCAACGAGCUGUAUUGCGAGCAUUGCCACCCCGCGAGGCCUGAAAACGUGAUCCAUCUGGAAAGCCUGCGUUUUCUUACGGUGAUUGCUCGUACCGAGGUGCACGCACACCUGCUGCACCAUAUACGGGUAUCACCCAGGGCUCGCGUGAGCCUUUUAGAUACCGCUCCUAGCGAACAGCAGCUCGUGCAUGAGGCCCUGGGCGAUGCUUUCAUGCAGUUGUUAGAUCAUCGUCGUCUUGAAGCACCUAACUUCCGGUCUGGAUACCUUCUCUUUCGCAAAGAGACUGUUACCCUGGGGCUUGAUCGCACCACCCAGCCAUCUCUCCCUGCAGAUCUUGUUAAGAUCAAAAAGCAUCUAAACGAAGAAGGGGGUCAUCGUGGGUGGACCGGCAGUAACGAUCUGACAAUAUCCCUCAUUCAUGGAUAUGAGCGCUUCAAUACGCUAUCCAUGUUGCCGAUCGAUGAUGUCCGUACUUUGGUUAUGGACUUUGCGGACAUAUACGCGUCCGAAUCGAAAGGGACAGCCAAAGAGAAUCCAUUCGGUGGAUUCCUGGUCAAUCCACGGGGCUUCGGAGCGAGAGCCGUCCCUCCGCAUACCUCCUCUUCGGCAUCCUUCUUUCCCAGCGUUCAAUGCCUGAGCAUUGACAUGCACCGCAAUCAGAGGCUAACGCACGUGAUACGCUUGCUGGAAGAUACAAACGUGCUGCCCGCCCUACGCGUUCUGGAUCUACGCGGGCACGACUUUGAUCUCCUUACGGCUAUCACCUGCUUGACCCUGGAGGGCCCGCGCGUCUUGCCAACUCGAACUCUUGUUCUCACCUCAGCCCUGGAUGCACGACGUAAGAAAGGCAUACCUGUGCAGACAAUCUACCUGCAUAUCGCGGAAGAGGAGGCGUUAAUCAGGAAGGGAAGGAUUAGCGGAACGCGCUGCAGGAAACUCCGGGAGGAUGUCGUAUUGGAGUCCAUUCGGCGGUUAAAGGCAGUCCCAGGGGUGGUCAUAGUGAGCGAGGAGUUCAACGUCUUUCAGGGGUAG